AUGUUGCAAGCUUGCCUAAACACCACCGAAGACCAAUGUGAUUGCCUUGCAUUCAAUUGUCCAAUUGUUUAUAGUCAUUCGGAAAGCGAAAAAGAAGCGUGUUACAUGGAGCACUGCUUUAUUUCAAAACGAGCACUGGAUGACGUCACGUUGUAUAAGGUGACUGCUCUUUACAUUUUCAUUUUCUUAGUUGGUGUAAUUGGAAACACUACAACCUGCUUAGUCAUGAAAAAACAUCCCAUGAUGAAAACCCAUGCAAGCAUGUAUCUCAUGAAUCUGGCGGUUUCGGACUUGGUCACGUUAUGCGUGGGUUUACCGUUUGAAGUAAUGAUGAACUGGAAUCAGUACCCAUGGCCAUUUCCGGAUUACAUAUGCAACUUGAAAGCGCUCAUUGCGGAAACAACGAGUUCCGUUUCUAUUCUGACAAUUCUGAUUUUUGCAAUUGAACGUUAUGUAGCGGUGUGUCAUCCACUUUUUCUAAUGAAGGUUCAACCAUUCAAGAGAAAUAUUGGAACUAUAAUUGGCUUUACUUGGAUUUUCUCUAUCCUUUGUGCUAUGCCCUUUGCGAUCCAUCACCGAGCCGAUUACAUUAUGAAAAGCUGGCCAGGGACAGACAACAGAAUACCGGUUAAAUCUUCAAAAAUGUGCAUGAUAGCAGUGAUGUUUGAACCAAAGCUAGCGUCAACUUUUAAGAUUCUAUUUCACUUCUCUGCCAUAGCAUUCUUUGCACUCCCACUGUUUACAAUUGUAAUUCUCUAUGCAAGAAUUGCAUGUAAGGUAUCCAGCAACAGAACAAUUCAACCAGGCGAACUUGAUAUCACUGAGGAACUGCAAAUGAGAAUCAAUGCAAUUUUAUGUGCAAUCGUUUCGGCUUUCUUCAUCUGCUACCUUCCGUUUCAAUUGCAACGUCUCUUGUUUUUCUAUUUUGAUAAUGAAGUUAUUUUGACAUGGGUCAAUCAGUAUAUGUAUUUUAUCUCAGGAUUCCUUUUCUAUCUUGCCACUAUCAUCAAUCCUAUUGCCUAUAACCUUGCAUCCAGCCGUUUUCGAAGAGCAUUCAAAGACAUUCUUAUUGAUUACUGUUGGAGAGGAGGAUCUGAGCGUUAUCCAAGAAGCUCAUUCAGCAAAUAUAGCUUAGCUCAUACUCCUCUCAGGCAAGCCAUGUCCAACCGGGUUCCAAUUCUCGACUCCAAAACAAACGCAUAACUUCAAAACAUUGUCCCAAAAUAAUAUUAUUUGUACAUAUAUUUUAUUUUGUCUCCACAUUAUUUUUAAUUUUUUUUCUCCCUCUUCAAUAUUUGUAAACCUUGUCUCAUAUUUUUCCUGCUAAUUCGAUAUCAUGUAGUUUGCAUUACGGGGGCAUACUUCAUUCUAUACUUUAUUUCAAUCUGCCAAAUAAAAAGUGUAGGUUUUCU